AUGGUGCCUGAGACCGCACUCGCUCUGUUGCUGUUGGCCGCAGCCUCCUCGCACAACUACGACCCGCCCCUCAUGCUUACGAGCUUGGAUCGCAACACCUCCAUGUCCUUCGUGCUGGUGAACGUCGCAUAUCACGACGCUGAAGAAUAUUACACUAUAUUGGAUAAGUCCCAUCGCAACAAGCGUGAAUCACAUUCGCUCAUAAGUCCAUUCGAUAUAUCAAAACUGUUUAAAAAGAGAAAUCGUGUCAAGAUACAAGAAGCGCAACCCAGCGCGUCUUCACUCCGGUCUAAGGAUAUAUCCGCCACUCUCGGAGAGGCGAUUGCCUGGUCUGCAAAUGAGGAUACCAACGAGCCACGUCGAAUAUUGCACGCUAAUGAGACAAAAGUCCGUACCAAGGGUACGACAACAACGACUCAAGUCAUUAGCAGUAGUACGUAUUCAGUAAGCGAGAACCACUCUAUAGCACAUGUUAAAGCAACUGAUAAGCCAAUCAAAAUAAAUGCUGUAAAGAAUAAACCAAAGACAAGAAAUACGGUAUCAAGAAAGUCUAAGAGCGUCGCGAAUAGUAAAAUACAAGUUAAAAAUAAUUCUAACGGUAACGACCAAAGCGUCAGUCGAGAAACGCGAGUCAUCAACAAGAAAAAGGCUGAGAACGACAGCAUAUGGCCGGUGAAGCACGCCGCCGUCGUGGAAGGAGACAUAGUACUCGGUGGCCUGAUGAUGGUGCACGGACGAGCGAGUGGUAACAGCGGAGGCAGCGUGGCGCGCUGCGGUCCGCUGAUGCCGCAGGGUGGGGUACAGGCCCUCGAGGCGAUGUUGUUCGCGCUCGACGAAGCGGAGCGUGCCGGCCUGUCAGUGCCGGGCGUCAAACUUGGGGCGUUGGUACUGGACGACUGUGACAGCGACACACGUGGCCUUGAAAUGGCGCUAGACUUUAUUAAAGGCUCGAUCAGUAACAUAGAUGACGAAGAAUAUGCUUGCAACGCAACAGCGGUACGUAAGGUAAUAUCAGGUGUUGUGGGCGCCGCGUCUUCUGUCACGUCGGUACAAGUCGCCAACCUAUUACGUCUGUUUAAAAUCCCUCAGGUCUCUUUCUUCUCAACAUCUCCAGAGCUUUCGAACAAGGCGCGAUUUGAAUACUUCACUCGAACAAUACCUUCCGACCUCCACCAAGUGCGGGCUAUGGUUGAAAUUGUCAAAAAAUUCGGCUGGCGCUAUGUUUCCAUUAUCUACGAGGAAUCCAACUACGGUAUAAAGGCAUUUGAAGAAUUAGAAACUCUUCUCUUGCGCGACGAUAUCUGCAUAGCAGUUAAAGAGCGGCUUGCAAAGGACUCUGGUGCAGCGGAUGAACAUGCAUAUGACGCUAUAGUGGAACGUUUACUGUCGCGGCCGCGAGCCAGAGGCGUUAUCGUAUUCGGCUCAGAUCAAGAAGUUGCAGGAGUGAUGGCUGCAGUGCGACGUCGAGGAGCGGCACAGAUUUUCAGUUGGGUGGGCUCAGACGGAUGGAGCGCACGGGCACUCGUGGCCGCUGGCAAUGAACCAGUCGUCGAAGGCACCAUUAGCGUGCAGCCUCAGGCAAAUCCUGUUCGAGGCUUUCGCGAAUACUUUUUCACCCUAACGCCACAAAAUAAUUUCAGAAACCCCUGGUUUGUCGAGUUUUGGGAGGAACAGUUCCAAUGUCGCUAUGCGGGAAGUCCGCGUUCGAGACACAAUGCGAAGUACCUCCCUUGCACGGGUCGCGAACGACUUUCUGCAGAGAACACAGAAUUUGAAGCGCAGCUGCAAUUCGUUGCCGAUGCUGUUUGGGCGUUCGUAUUCGCUAUUCGGGACAUGCAUCGGGAUUUGUGCGGCGGUAAGCCUGGCUUAUGCGAGGCGAUGAGACCGGUGAGCGGGCCGACUCUUUUGCGAUAUCUUCGACAAGUGCGCUUCAUAGGUCUCAGCGGCGAUGAGUUCCACUUUGACGGCCACGGAGACGGUCCCGCGCGCUACAACAUCUUACACUUCAAGCAAAUCACGCGAGGAGUGUUCCGAUGGAUCCGGGUAGGUCGCUAUCUUGACGGCGAACUACAACUUGACAUGGACGAAAUUCAGUUCAAAUGGGAAGAACCGCAUCACCCAGAGUCGGUGUGCAGUGCCGAGUGCGAGCUAGGCCAAGCUAAGCAAUACGUCGAAGGAGAGAGCUGUUGCUGGCAUUGCUUCAACUGCACGCAGUAUGAGAUACGGUCGCCGGUGUCAGAGACGGCUUGCAUGGAGUGUGCGCGCGGCACCUUGCCAGAUUCGAGGCGCAUGCAGUGCGCGCCGGUGCCGGAACUAUAUCUGCGGCCCACGUCACCGGCAGCUAUUGGAGCAAUGACAUUUUCAGCUCUAGGCAUUUUGAUUACUAUGUUGGUAGGUGGCGUGUGGAUCGCACGGAGCAGCACGCCGGUGGUGCGCGCGAGUGGGCGCGAACUGUCCUUCGUUCUAUUGGCUGGCAUCCUCAUGUGCUAUCUCGUUACAUUCGCCCUCGUACUGAGGCCAACUGACUUCCUUUGUUCUCUUCAACGGUUUUGUACGGGAUUUUGCUUCACUGUAAUCUACGCCGCUCUUUUGACGAAAACAAACAGAAUAGCUCGUAUUUUCGAUGCUAGCAAGCACUCUGCUCGACGGCCCUCGCUCAUAUCUCCAAAAUCUCAACUUCUUAUUUGUUCAAUUUUAGUAUCAAUACAGAUUGUAAUCGUGGUAGUGUGGCAGCUGGCGUCGCCGGCACGAGCCAUCCACCACUACCCGACGCGCGAGGACAACAUGCUCGUAUGUGACUCUUACGUCGACGCGUCCUACACCAUUGCUUUCUUCUACCCGGUUGUGCUUAUCGUCAUCUGUACUGUAUACGCUGUGCUCACGCGAAAAAUACCGGAAGCUUUCAAUGAGAGUAAACAUAUAGGUUUUACAAUGUAUACAACGUGUGUGAUAUGGCUCGCAUUUGUUCCAUUAUAUUUUGGCACAGCGAGUCACGUUCCCUUACGAGUCACCAGUAUGGCAGUGACUAUUUCUUUGAGUGCAAGCGUCACCCUAGCCUGUCUAUUUGCACCUAAGAUGUACAUUAUUUUAAUACGACCGGAACGGAACGUUCGUGGAAAUCUAAUGCCGUCGCGAUGGCGCAGCGGUCGCGGUGGUCGAGGCACAGCACCCGGUGCUGUUUGUGCUGCCCUUGUAGGGGCUGCCCCAUUGCCGCGUCCUGCCACCACGCCUUCUACGGAUUUGUCAACACUUGAUGCCACUGAGCCAUCGACAUCCACCGAUAGACAAGUACAAACUGAGGAGUUGAGUCCGACACAGAAUAAUGGUAUGGUUGAACGCAAUGGACUCUGCUUAGACGCAAAGAAAUUGGCGGAGCUGACCGGUGGGCUGCCCGCUUUCGAGGAAGUUAACGGUGCGGCACGUCGGCGAGCCGCAGCCGAGCCGGCGAUGCGCGUGGCCGUGGCGGUGGUCGGGGCGCGGCCAGACUUAUAG